CCGGUUCCCAUAAAAAAGAAAAAAGAAAAAAAGGUGUAUAAACCCCAGCCGUCGUUUUCUCUGCUUCGUAGCCGAUGAACACUGAACAGUUUCUCUCAGAUCUAACGGAGAAAUGAUAACCCUUGUUCGAUAUCCUCCAUGCUAGGGUUUUAAGAUUUCUUGAUUGGGGAGGGGGGGUCUUGAUUUCAACAAUGGCGGACUAGAAUAGCUUAAGGAGGUCCUCAAGAAUCAUCCUCAAGAAUCAUGAAAUCCUAUCCAAACGCCACAUCUGGUUCAGAAUGGUAAUUGCAGAGAUCGAUCUGAGGGUAAUAUUAAAGCUUCGGCAAUGCCGGACGAGGGAUCCCUGAGACGGUCAUCGAGGAUAAACUUGGAUGUUCCUGGUUCAAUGUAUGUGGCUUCAAAGAAAAAAGAUUUAACAAUGCCGGACGAAAGAUCCAUGAGACGGUCUAUGAGGAGAUGUUUGGGUCAGCGAUUGGCUGUUUCGGCUGAGGAACGGGCCUUGGAAGAGCACAAUUCGACAAUGUCGGAGGAAAGAUGCCUGAGACGGUCUCCACGACUAUACUCUUCAAUUGCAUGUGAGAUUAAUGCAAUGCAGUCGGAGAAACGACCUUCAAAGAAGCAAAAAACUUCGGUUUCGCUUGUUGAUUCGGAAAUAUUGGAGGAAAGGUGCGUGAGACGGUCUUCAAGGAUUAACUCUGCUCCGGAAGGGACUGGGUGUAGUGCUCGUAAGGUUUAUGCAAUGAAAUCGGCUGGUUCGAAUGAGAAAGAGUCUUCAAAGGAGGAAAAUGAAGUUUUGAUUGUUGAUUUGGACACUUCAGAGGAGAGGGUAUCUUCAUCUUCAGCGAGGACUGGGAACAGUGGAAGUAAGGUUCAAUUGGAUAACUUGGCUGGUUCGGCUGAGAAACAGCCUCCAAUGAAGCCAGAAACCUCAGUUCCGAUUAUUGAUUUGACAAUGUUGGAGGAUAGAUGGCUGAGACGGUCCCCGAGGCUAUCUUCAGGUUUGUUGGGGACUGCUUACAGUGGCAGUAAGGAUAAUUUAAAGAAAUUGGUAGCUUUGGGGGGGAAACGGCUGGUGAAGAAGCGGAAUAGCUCAGUUGUAAUUAUUGAUUUGGAAACCAUGGAGGGACAUUGCCUGAGACGGUCUCCGAGGGUACUCUCAGUUCUGGCGGGGACUGGAAAUAGUGAAAAUAAGGAUAAAUCAGUACAAUUCGCUGGUUUGGCUGAGAAACAGCUUUCAAAGAAGCAUAAAACCUCAGUUUCAAGUAUUUGUUUGGCAAUGUCAGAGGAAGGAUUCCGGAGAUGUUCUCCGAGGACAUCCUCAGUUCCGUCAGAGACAGAGAACAGUGCCCAUAAGGCAAAUUCAGCAAAGUCAGCUGGUCCAGCCAAGAAAUGGCGUUCAAACAAUUCCAAGAAGAUUAAAGGGAAUGAUUGUUUCUUUAUUGGAGAACCAAUCCCUUUCAAGGAAGCUUGCAAAAGAUGGCCUUGGCGCUAUGAAGGAAAGGGUAAAGGGAGUAAGGGUCAAAAAGCAUCUGACGAUGAUGAUGAUGAAAUGAUUUUAAAUGUGAAAUGUCAUUAUGCUCAAGCUGAAAUUCUGAAAUUUGUUUUUGAAAUUGGAGAUUUUGCAUGUGUGAAGGGAGAAGAAGGGGGACCAAAUUACGUGGGAAAGAUCUUAGAGUUUUUUAAGACAGUGGAUGGAGAAGAUUACUUCAGGGUACAAUGGUUCUUUCGAGCUGAGGAUACGGUUAUGAAAGACCAAGCUGAAUUCCAUGACAAGAAACGUCUAUUUUUCUCUGAUAUAAAGAACGAUAACAUGUUAGAUUGCAUUGUUUCAAAAGUCAAGAUUGUACAAGUAGCUCAUAGUGUAGACUCAAAACCAAAAUAUAUUCCACCAUGUGACUUUUACUAUGAUAUGAAAUACUCUGUGGACUAUUCAACAUUUUGUACCUUUGUGGAUGGUAAGUCUUAGUUACAACAUCAAGACUUAUCACAUAGUGCUUGGUCAUGAUAGUAAAGUAUUAAUUGUUUCCUCAAGUAUUCAUGAAUGUGGAAAACAUCUUGUAAAAGUGAAAUCUCUUUCUGAUUUGAUAUUUUUUAUGUCUAGAGUAAAAAUAAAUAAAUUUGGCAAUAGUUGUUUAUCUGUAUUGUUGGUGAAAAGUAAGUACUGGAUCAGUACCAUGUUACUAGAGUUGUACUGAAUCAUAGUGGUGUGCUGUUCUGGAUCAGUGCUAUAUUAAGUGUAUUAUUGUCAUAACCGAACCAUAAAAUUAUAUAUAUACACAACUCAGCCUUAUCCCAACUAAAUGGGGUUGGCAACAUGGAUUCUUACCCUCAAAUCAGCUCCUUCUUCAUCUCUUCUCUUAGAGUCAUUUGUGUUCUGCCCCAAGCUCUUUUUGCUCCUUCAAUCGGAAUUAAGUCACUCCUCUGUACGCCUCUAUUGAAUAUGGCCAUGCCACCUCGAACAACUUUCUCGUAACUUAUCAUGUAUUGAAGCUACUCCCAAAUCAGCUCUUAUUUGAUCAUUCUUUAAUUUAUCCUUCCUAGUUUUGCGACAUAUCCAUCUCAACAUCCUCAUCUCAGCUACAUUAAGUUUAUCUAUAUAAUGCUUCUUAACUGCCCAACAUUCGGCUCCACAGCAUACAUUAUAGCCGGUCAUAUGAGUUGAAAACCAAAGGUUGCAAGAGACAUGGGAGUAAGAGAGGAGAUGUGGGUAGAAGGUUGAAGAAGAAGAAUAAGGGAAGUUGUCGUAGAAUGAUGUGUGAGAGUAUUGAACUACUCUCACCUAUAUUGAUUCACUUAGCUAAUGAUAAAGGGAAAUUACAUAUCCCUCUGUGCUAAUAUAAGGAGCUAAAAGUGGUAGAAAGGUAAAAAGCAAAAGAUAAUACAACAUAAUAUAUCCUAGUACCUAAAGUACCCACAUUAACUCUCCCCCUCAAGUUGGAGAAUAAAUGCCUACAUUCCCAGCUUGCACCGAAGGGUACUGAGUUGAUGACGGAUGAGCCCUUUUGUGAAAACAUUUGCCAACUGAUCAAUUGUCCUCACAAAAGGAGUAGAUAUGUAUCCAUUGUCAAUCUUCUAUUUGAUGAAAUGUUGGUCCAGCUCAACAGGAUUAUUGGCUUAUGGCACCCUUGUUAUCACAAUAGAGGCGUAUAGAUGCGUCAAUAUUAAACCCCAACUCUUGGACCAGCCUUCUCAACCAUAGCUCUAAAUUUUGCCUUUGCACUUAAUUGAGCCACAACUGCUGCUUUUUAUUCCUCUAUGUGAUCAUGUUACGACCCACAAAUGUACAGUAACCAAAUGUAGAUCGCAUGUCAGAAAUUGAGCCAGCCCAAUCAGUAUUAGUCAUAGUUGUCACGGCGUCAAAUCGAUCCAAGGCGGUGGAGGGGUGGCUAAUCGAUUUGGCGAUUAAUCGCCCAUUUUGGCGUUGCCAUGGCGGUCA